AUGGCGGGGCCGCCCCCGCAGCCCGGGCUGCAGGCAGUUGGGGCGGCGCGAGCCCCCACGCCGGAGCCUGGAGGACAUGAGGUUGCAGACUCGCCGAGUGCGUGGGCGCAGCAAACCAUGGGGCGAAUGGCGCCACUGCCCCAGGAGGAGGAGGAGUCUCCGACCAGCACGGCUCACUUCCCGUUCGGUCCGCUGUCACGUGAUCCUUACGACACCUUCGUCAAGCAGCAGCUCAUGCUUCUGGAGGAUGAGCUGCGGUCCCUGGACAUGGAGGACAGCUUCGUGCAGGAGCAGCUUCGCUCUCUGGAGGCGCAGCUUCGAGCGCGCAAGCCGCAGACCCCGGGCGCGCAGGAGACGCUGGUAUCCGCUGGAGCUCCACCUCGCAGCCGCCUUGCCAGGUGGGAGGAUGAGAUGCUGCCGAAUGGCAAGCACACUGGGACUUACAGCGAUGUUCUGCAGACCCAGGCAGGUGCCAUGCAGAUGCACGAGCGACAGGUGGCACGCCAGCGGCAGCAGCUGGAAUACAGCUUGGCGGAGCUCUCCCGCAAUCCGCACGGCAUGAGCGAAGGAGAGGUCCUCCGAAGCAGGGCCUUGGAGCAGCGAGUGCAGCAACUGAUCGAGCGCCGCGAGCAGCGCGAGCGGCUCCGGAGCGGAACGCCACCGCGCGCGGCCGCACCGGAGGCAGCACCUCCUGUGGUGCGAGGACCAGGCAGCGGCGCCACGGCACCACCCGGGCCCACGGUGAGCUUCGUCCCCUUCGGCGGCCGCAGCCUUCCGCCAGAAGCAGGGGACGGUACCUUCGCUGCACCCGAAGCAAGCCGUUUCCACUUGGACCCGUCGGCUGUCAUGACAGCUCGCAACUGGAGCCCAGGGCAUUCGCGGCCCGAUGUGGCGCGAUUUGAUCUGGACCCCGUGACACAACGUGAUUGGGCGAGACCAGGUGCUGUGCCGCCUGACCGGAACUACACUCCCAACUACGUACGCCCCGCGCUUGUACCGGUACCAGGCGCCCUGCCGGGCCCCAUGAGCCAGGACGCCAGCCCGGUGCACGACACAGCGCCCACCCUGUAUGAUCCGACCAGUCCCCAUGCAGCCAGUUCGGGACAGCGAUCGCAGCCCUCUUGGCGCAGCCGCUCAGCCAGCCCUGGGCCCGCCCUUGUCGCGGAUGCCUUUGGGGAUCACGACCAAGUGGAGGAGGAGGAUCCGGUCUCCCUCAUGGAGCAAAGCCGCAAGGCGGCAGAGGAUGCACUUUACCAGAAUGAAGCAGGCCGCAAGAAGGCAGAGCGUGAGCGCCAGAAAACGGCGGAGGAGCGGAAAAAGGCGGAGUUGGCCAUGCAGCGGGCCGAGGAGGAGCGCUUGCGGGCAGAACAGGAGUUUGCCGAGGCAGAGCAGACGAGGCGCGAGGAGGCAAAGCAGAGGCAGCGCGACAAGCGCGGGGCAGCCAUGCGGAAGCAGCAGGAUUCGGAGAAGAAGCGACGGGAAGAAGAGGAGGACAUGCGGAGGAUGCAAGAGGAGAUGGACGUGCAAGCGCGCGAGGAAAGAGAGGCAGCAGAGAGGGAGCGGGCGGAAAGAGAACGCGCGAUGGCUGAAGAAGCCGACCGUCUCAUGAAGGGGAAGGCGGAUCCCAAGUUGAACCCGCGGCGCUUCUUCGCCAACAAUGCAAAGCUGGAUGGUAAAGCCCGCAAAGAGGAAGUGGAGAAGUGCCGUGAGCUGAUGCAGCGGCUCAUGGCCACAGAGGCGGCGCGCUUCCUCCAGGCAGUGUGGAGGGGCCGCGGUCCUCGCAGAGUUCUCAAAGCCUUGAAAGAUAUCGAGCGCGCAAAGCUCGAGGCCACCAAGCAGCGCCUCGCUGAGGCGGCAGAGAAGAUCGCCAGGAACAAGGAGCGCGAGCGGCUUGCUGCAAGGCUCAAGGAGAUCUCCGCCACAGAAGCCAUACUUCGAGAUGUGUGGAGCAAGUGGCGGGAGAGAGCAGCCAUAAAGAUGCAGGCACACUUCCGCGGCGCCAUGGCCCGGAAGCACUUUGCAGCUCGGAUGGCGCAGCACCGGCGCGACUGCGAGGCCGCCAAGGAGGCGCGGAAGCGUGCCUGGGUCGAACGCCAGGAGCGCUGGGUGCUGGAGGCAAAGCAGGCCCGUCGCAAGGCCUGGGAUGCAGAGGUGGCAGCCAUGCGCGAGCGCGUCGCGCUGAUGGACUUGGAGCGCCGGGAGCGUGAGCUGGCGGCCCUGAGGCUACAGUCGGCACUCCGAGGGCAGCUGGAGCGCCGCAAGCUGCGGAAGUCGGGCAAGCUCAUGGAGGAUCGCCUCAAAGCAGCGGCCGAGGCCGAGAAGAAGAAGCAGGAGGAGGCUGCUCAGCGGCGGCAGGAGGCAAUCCGCGAAGCCGAGGAGCGCAAGCGCCAGCAGGAGGUGCUCAAAGCCCAGGAAGCGAUUCGCGACCUCGAGUUUCGCUGGAAGACGUAUCAUGCCACGAAGAUCCAGUCCAUAGUCCGCGCUCGAAACGACCGCCGACGAGCAGCUGCCGAGAAAGCUAAGAAGGAGGCGGAGGCCAAUGAGCGGAGAGCUGCGGCGCGCAGGGAGGAGGAGCGAAGAAGGCGUUUGGAAGAGGAGAAGCGGGCACAAGAAGCACUCCGUGCUCAGCAGAUGGGCGUUGGUGCCAUGCGAAAGCUGCUGGCAGAGAUGGAGGACCGGCGACUGGGCCAGUACGUCAUCAAGCUGCAGGCACGUUGGCGAGGCCGCAUGGCUCGUAGGCGCUAUGCAGAGGUGAAGGAGAUCAUCAAGCGCGAGAAGCAGAAAGCUCGAGACCUGAAGCGCGCACGGCAUCUGGCGGAGUGGAAGGAGCAGAAGCGUCUUGAGGAGCUCCGGCGCAAGGAGAGGCGCCAGCGCGAGGUCUCUACGUUCUCGAAGCGGCUGCAUGAUGUCGAGUUCAUCCAGAAGACCCGCGCGGCGAGGCGGAUACAGGGCGCAUACCGAGUUCGACGUGCCAAGCUUCAGCUGCGGAAUCUCAAGCACGAGCGAGAAGAGAAGGAGUACUCCAAGCGUGCGGCCGUCAAGCUCAAAAUUGAGCGCGAGCGCCUACAGAAGCUCGAAGAGCAAAAGGCAAAGGAAGCCACCGCAAAGGCGAAGCUGCAGCGAGAGGUGCAGGGAUACCGGCACAAGGUCGACGCCAUGGAGUUUCGCGCGCAGGAGCAGGCGGCGAUCCGCAUCCAGGCCAUCAUGAAGGGAUCCGUGCAGCGACUUAGGUUCGCGACAGCCAAGAAGCUCGCGAAGGAGAGGUACGAUAUGGAGCAAUCCAAGGAGAAGCUGGACAAGAGGGUGGCUGAAGAGCUGAGGAGGCUGGAAGAGCAGCGAAAGGCCACCCAGUUGAAGCUGGAGGAAGAGCAGCGCAAGAUGGAGGAGAAGUACAGGAUCGAGCGCGAGAGGGCGGACCAAAAGAAGGAGGAGGAGAAGGCGAAGUUGGAGAAGAAGCUGGAGAAGGAAACCGAGCGCCUGGAAAAGGAGCGAGUCAAGAUGGAGGAAGCAAUACAGAGGGAGCGUGAGAAGCUCGAACAGGAGCGCGAGGCGCUGAUGGAGCAGAUGGACGGUGCUCUGCCCACCGGGUCAGGAAGCAGAGGGCCCACCAUGCCCUACAAGUCCGCGGUGAAGGCGUCCAUGGAGAUGCGCAAGGAGGAGCACAUCCUGGCAAAGGAGCGACAGUUGGAAGCGACCUUGAAAAAGUUGGCGGAAAGUCAGGAGGCAGCUGCGGUGGCCGCCGCCAGCGCCGCUCCCGCGCCUGGUGCCUUGCUGGAGGAGGCGCGGCCUCCCAGCGUGGCGGCCUGCGUGGCAGCGCAGGCCAACAAGAUGCUGCACCCCGGGGCUACGGAGGCCACCAUGGCAUCCUUCACUUCCAAGCCGUCAGCGGAAGAGGCUCGCCGACACACGGCUCCGCCAACAGUGUUCCAGGCCGGUGACCAAUCACCGGGCCGGCCGUCUCCAGGGCUGUGUCAGGCGGCGCCUGCGUCCAUGGCACGUCCACAGGACCUGGCUCCGGCAUUGUCGAGGGUUCAGGCUCCGCUGGCACCUGUCCAGGCCUCGGCGCCUGAGGCUGCGUUCGCUGCCUACGCCAAGGCCGGCUUCGCCCCGGCAAUGGCUGCAGCACAGGCUCCCUUCCUUCCUGCGCCCGCACCGGCGCCUUUCGCUUCUCCCGUUCGGGAGGGAGCUGCAGGCCAGUUUCCGCCCGCAGUCACGCCCACCUUGCCAGCGGCGGCCCUGCAGCAGCCGCCGGAGGCUCUUUUUGAUCAGCUCGACCGAAACCGGGACGGCGUGCUUUCACGGGAGGAGUUCCUCCGCAUCCAGGAGGUGACAUCUCCGAGAGAUCAGCGGGCGGAGGACGCCCUGCUUUGGCAGUCUCCCUCCGAGGUGGCGAGUCCGACGGGCUUGUUCACCUUCGAGGACUUUCACACGCGCCUCAACUCUGGCUUGAUGACCGAGGAGGCCCUGGUGGCGGAGAUCGACCGCAGGCAGCUGGAGCUACAGGGCCUCCACCAACAGCUGGCGCAGCAGGCCGCCGAAGAGGAGAAGCUGAGGCAGCAGGUGUCCCAACCUGGCCGGACGCUGACCUGCCGGCAGUGUGAUGAGCGAACUUCCAGCUUGAAGUUGCUGUUUCGCUCUUUGGCCAUUGUCACCGACAUGGCGGUGCAGCUCCAUCUGCCGCCCAUGGAAAAUGUGGAUUACCUGGUUGAUCCCAGCGAGCCACCUCUGCCCGUGAUCCAUGACUACCUCCUUCAGCUGGCAGAUGUAGCACAGAGUUGCGGAGAGGUCGAUCAAAGAUUUGGUCAGCUGGCUGCCUACUCCAAGCAGAAAGCCGCCAUGAUCCAGGCGCACCUCGCAUCAACUCCACCGCCUGUCGAGGAGCUCAUGGCUGCAGCCCCAUCGGCGGACGCGGAGGCAUUGGCUGUUGAAGCCCCGCAUCUGCCGAUGCAGGCACCCAGCGCAGCGGCACCUGCAGCUGCGAAGGCCGCUGGUUCAGCCGCCGAGCCGCUGGCAGCCGCCAAGCCCCGCUGGCGCCCGCAGCCCAGGCGCCAGAGGAUCCUGCAGGUGGUGUGA